GGGGGCGGGGCGGCUGCGCACGCGGGGUCGCGGGGCGGGGGAGCGGCGGAGGGAGGGGACACGGGCUCAUUGCCGUGUGCACCCGGCGCUCCGUCCCUCAUUCGCCGCCGACGGCCUCCUUCGCCGCGUGCUCUCCCGCCCGACGCCCCGCAGAAAUGCUUCGUUUACCCACAGUCCUUCGCCAGAUGAGACCAGUGUCCAGGGCACUGGCUCCUCAUCUCACUCGGGCUUAUGCCAAGGACGUAAAAUUUGGUGCAGAUGCCCGAGCCUUAAUGCUUCAAGGUGUAGACCUUUUAGCCGAUGCUGUAGCUGUUACAAUGGGGCCAAAGGGAAGAACAGUGAUUAUUGAACAGAGUUGGGGAAGUCCCAAAGUAACAAAAGAUGGUGUUACUGUUGCGAAAUCAAUUGAUUUAAAAGAUAAAUAUAAAAAUAUUGGAGCAAAACUUGUUCAAGAUGUUGCCAACAACACAAAUGAAGAGGCUGGGGAUGGUACCACCACUGCUACUGUUCUGGCCCGCUCUAUUGCCAAGGAAGGCUUUGAGAAGAUUAGCAAAGGUGCUAAUCCAGUGGAAAUCAGAAGAGGUGUGAUGUUGGCUGUUGAUGCAGUCAUUGCUGAGCUUAAGCAGCAGUCUAAACCUGUGACAACUCCUGAAGAAAUUGCUCAGGUUGCUACAAUUUCUGCCAAUGGAGACAAAGAAAUUGGGAAUAUCAUUUCUGAUGCAAUGAAAAAAGUAGGAAGAAAGGGUGUCAUCACUGUAAAGGAUGGAAAAACAUUGAAUGAUGAAUUGGAAAUUAUUGAAGGCAUGAAGUUUGAUCGUGGAUAUAUUUCUCCAUAUUUUAUUAAUACAUCAAAAGGUCAAAAAUGUGAAUUCCAGGAUGCCUAUGUUCUGUUGAGUGAAAAGAAGAUUUCGAGUGUACAGUCCAUUGUACCUGCUCUCGAAAUUGCCAAUGCUCACCGUAAGCCUUUGGUCAUAAUUGCUGAAGAUGUUGAUGGAGAAGCUCUGAGUACACUGGUUUUGAAUAGGCUCAAAGUUGGUCUUCAGGUUGUAGCAGUCAAAGCUCCAGGUUUUGGUGAUAACAGAAAGAACCAGCUUAAAGAUAUGGCUAUUGCGACUGGUGGUGCGGUAUUUGGAGAAGAAGGGUUGACGCUAAAUCUUGAAGAUGUUCAGCCUCAUGACUUAGGGAAAGUUGGGGAAGUUAUUGUAACCAAAGAUGAUGCCAUGCUUUUGAAAGGAAAAGGUGACAAAGCUCAAAUUGAAAAGCGUAUUCAAGAAAUCAUUGAACAGUUGGAUAUCACAACUAGUGACUAUGAAAAGGAAAAACUGAACGAACGACUGGCAAAACUUUCGGAUGGAGUAGCUGUCCUAAAGGUUGGUGGGACAAGUGAUGUUGAGGUGAAUGAAAAGAAAGACAGAGUUACAGAUGCCCUGAAUGCUACAAGAGCAGCAGUUGAAGAAGGCAUUGUUCUAGGAGGUGGCUGUGCUCUGCUUCGGUGCAUUCCAGCCUUGGACAAAUUGACACCUGCUAAUGAAGAUCAGAAAAUUGGAAUAGAAAUUAUUAAAAGAACACUCAAAAUUCCUGCAAUGACCAUUGCUAAGAAUGCAGGUGUUGAAGGAUCUUUGAUAGUUGAAAAGAUUCUGCAGAGUUCCUCAGAAGUUGGUUAUGAUGCUAUGGUUGGAGAUUUUGUGAAUAUGGUGGAAAAAGGAAUCAUUGAUCCAACAAAGGUUGUAAGAACUGCUUUAUUGGAUGCUGCUGGUGUGGCUUCUCUGCUAACUACAGCAGAAGUUGUAGUCACAGAAAUUCCUAAAGAGGAGAAGGAUCCUGGAAUGGGUGCAAUGGGUGGAAUGGGAGGUGGUAUGGGAGGUGGCAUGUUCUAAUUCCCAAAGUAGUGCUUUCCCAUUAUUGAUGAACUGUGACAGGAACUUCAAGGCAGGGUUCCUCACCAAUAACUUCAGAGAAGUCGGUUGAUGAAAAUGACUGGAGAAAAGGCUGUCUGAUAAAUUACUAUAACCAUCAGUUACUGGUUUCAGUUGACAAUGUAUAAUGGUUUACUGCUGUCAUUGUCCAUGCCUACAGAUAAUUUAUUUUGUAUUUUUGAAUAAAAAGACAUUUGUACAUUCCUGAUGCUGGGUACAAGAGCCAUGUACCAAUGUACUGCUUUCAACUCAAAUCACUGAGGCAUUUCUACUACUAUUCUGUUAAAACCAGGAUUUUAGUGCUUGCCAUCACCAGAUGAGAAGUUCAGAAGCAGCCUUUCUGUGGAGAGUAAGAAUAAUUGUGUAUAAAGUAGAGAGAAAUCCAAUUAUGUGACAAACUUUGUGUAAUAAAAUUUUGUUUUAAAGUU